CAUUCUACAUAUCCAUAGUCCUUCUCUCUUUACCCGAAAUAACUAUUCCAUUAGAAGCAAGAUGUCCAUUGAAUUGAAUAUAGGCGAAUAUCUCGAGUUUGAACGUCCUCUAACACGUGUUGUUAAGCGAGAUAUUCGUAUUAGCAACCCUAAUAAUGAACCUAUUGCUUUUAAAGUCAAGACCACUGCCCCCAGAUUAUACUGUGUACGUCCUAAUUCUGACAUCGUACCUGCCAAUAGUUAUGUCGAUGUUCAAAUUAUGCUUCAAGCCUUCAAAGAGGAGCCUCCUAUGGAUGCAAAAUGCAGAGACAAGUUUUUAAUUCUGAGCACCUUUUUGAAUGAUACUAUCAAAGAUAUGACCUUACCAGACCUUUGGACUUACGUUGAAGCCAAUGAAAAGCAAAAUAUUCGCCAACACAAAUUACGUUGUGUCUUUGUUCCAGCCAAAGAUACUGAACAAACAGCAGCUCCUGCUUCUCCUGCUCAUAAUGUUGAUACUACACAUUAUACUCAAUCUACUUCACCUAGUAACAUCGCCAUUUCCGACAUCAAUAGCAGUAAUGCCACCUCCACCACAAACAUGGAUGAUUCAUCGAACAAUAACAGAUUAAUUUCUGAUACUGAAGUGUCAGAUAAGAUGAAGAAGGUUGAGGCUGAAUUAAACGAUGUGAAGAGAGAUGUAAACGCUUUGAGCUCAGCAGAAGCUACAAAGGUUGCUGAAAGAGCUCAACAAACUGUCAAUGCUGCUUCUCAGCAACAAGCGGCUGGCGGCCUUCCUUUAGGCAUGUUGAUUUUGAUUGCGCUUAUUGUCGCAGCAAUUGCUUACUUUUACCAAUCCAAGAAUUAAUUAGCUUACUUUACUAAAACCUACAUAUUAGUACAGUUAUUUUGUAACAAACCUCUUCUCCUCUCCUUAAUCCAGCAUAUCAUAUAUAAAACUUCAUGAUCAUUUUUUAGAAAGGUUUUUAGUUGUGAUAUUUGUACCAUUCCUUACAGAAAUAAACUGAAAAAAUACAUUCAUAU